AUGGGGGAGAAGCGCAAUAUGAUGGAGGCUGAAAUGCUGAAAAGAGACCCUGAUCACCAGCUGGUAGAAGACCUGAUGGUUGCUACGUUUUCCCAGCGCAGAAAAGAGAUUAGUGGACAUCAGCCACUCAUCACAGAAGUCAUUUCCAGAUGGCCAGCUCUGUUCCAUGAGAGACAGUUCAAGAGAUUCCUCACCAAAGACCUUCUGGAAUCUUAUCUCGACGGACUUGAUGGCCUGGUCCCAAGACUGCUGGAGGUGUACAAAGCAGCAACCAAGACUGGAAAGAAGCAAUCACUCAAAGACAUUUUGGACUGCCUUCAGAAAGAUGAUGCAAAUGAGAGGAGAAGGACGGCUGCCUUGCUUGGUCUGCCACACUACAUAUCAGGCGAAGCUCCAUCACCUGUCGUCAGGAUGUGUGAUCCCAACUACAGCUUUCUAAUGAAUGAGAACAAGGAGUUCCACAUACGCUACAGGGCAAUGGGCCAGGGGGUUAAUGAAAUCCGCCUCUUUACCUGCAACGAAAAGACAGAGAGCGCCACACCCACACAUAACCCUGCAACAACCACCACGGCUGCACCCAUAACAACUACAACUGAAGCCACAACCACCACGGCUGCACCCACAACAACAACAACUGAAGCUACAACCACCACGGCUGAACCCACAACAACAACAACUGAACCCACAACCACCACGGCUGCACCCACAACAACAACAACUGAACCCACAACCACCACGGCUGCACCCACAACAACAACAACUGAAUCCACAACCACCACGGAUGCACUCACAACAACAACCACCACGGCUGCACCCACAACAACAACUGAAUCCACAACCACCACGGCUGCACCCACAACAACAACAACUGAACCCACAACCACCACGGCUGCACCCACAACAACAACAACUGAACCCACAACCACCACGGCUACACCCACAACAACAACAACUGAACCCACAACCACCACGGAUGCACCCACAACAACAACAACUGAACCCACAACCACCACGGCUGCACCAACAACAACAACAACUGAACCCACAACCACCACAACUGAACCCACAACCACCACGGCUGCACCAACAACAACAACAACUGAACCCACAACCACCACGGCUGCACCCACAACAACAACAACUGAACCCACAACCACCACGGCUGCACCCACAACAACAACAACUGAACCCACAACCACCACGGCUGCACCCACAACAACAACAAAUGAACCCACAACCACCACGGCUGCACCAACAACAACAACAACUGAAUCCACAACCACCACGGAUGCACCCACAACAACAACAACUGAAGCCACAACCACCACGGCUGUACCCACAACAACAACAACUGAAUCCACAACCACCACGGCUGAACCUACAACAACAACAACUGAACCCACAACCACCACGGCUGUACCCACAACAACAACAACUGAAUCCACAACCACCACGGCUGCACCCACAACAACAACAACUGAACCCACAACCACCACGGCUGUACCCACAACAACAACUGAAUCCACAAUCACCACGGCUGCACCCACAACAACAACAACUGAACCCACAACAACUACAACUGAAGCCACAACCACCACGGCUGCACCCACAACAACAAACACUGAAGCUACAACCACCACGGCUGAACCCACAACAACAACAACUGAACCCACAACCACCACGGCUGCACCCACAACAACAACAACUGAACCCACAACCACCACGGCUGCAUCCACAACAACAACAACUGAACCCACAACAACUACAACUGAAGCCACAACCACCACGGCUGCACCCACAACAACAACAACUGAAGCUACAACCACCACGGCUGAACCCACAACAACAACAACUGAACCCACAACCACCACGGCUGCACCCACAACAACAACAACUGAACCCACAACCACCACGGCUGCAUCCACAACAACAACAACUGAACCCACAACCACCACGGCUGCACCCACAACAACAACAACUGAACCCACAACCACCACGGCUGCACCCACAACAACAACAACUGAACCCACAACCACCACGGCUGCACCCACAACAACAACAACUGAACCCACAACCACCACGGCUACACCCACAACAACAACAACUGAACCCACAACCACCACGGAUGCACCCACAACAACAACCACCACGGAUGCACCCACAACAACAACAACUGAACCCACAACCACCACGGCUGCACCAACAACAACAACAACUGAACCCACAACCACCACGGCUGCACCCACAACAACAACAACUGAAGCCACAACCACCACGGCUGCACCCACAACAACAACAACUGAAGCCACAACCACCACGGCUGCACCCACAACAACAACAACUGAAGCCACAACCACCACGGCUGCACCCACAACAACAACAACUGAACCCACAACCACCACGGCUGCACCCACAACAACAACAAAUGAACCCACAACCACCACGGCUGCACCAACAACAACAACAACUGAAUCCACAACCACCACGGAUGCACCCACAACAACAACAACUGAAGCCACAACCACCAUGGCUGUACCCACAACAACAACAACUGAAUCCACAACCACCACGGCUGAACCUACAACAACAACAACUGAACCCACAACCACCACGGCUGUACCCACAACAACAACAACUGAAUCCACAAUCACCACGGCUGCACCCACAACAACAACAGCUGCGCCCACAACCACUACGGCUGCACCAACAACCACAACCACCACGGUUGCACCUACAUCCAUGACAACUGAACCCACAACCACCACGGCUGCACCCACAACAACAACAACUGAACCCACAACCACCACGGAUGCAACCACAAAAACAACCACCACGGCUGCACCCACAACAACCACGGCUGCACCCACAACAACAACAACUGAACCCACAACCACCACGGAUGCACCCACAACAACAACCACCACAUCUGCACCCACAACAACAACAACUGAAGCCACAACCACCAAGGCUGCACCAACAACAACAACAACUGAACCCACAACCACCACGGAUGCACCCACAACAACAACAAGUGAACCCACAACCACCACGGCUGCACCCACAACAACAACAACUGAACCCACAACCACCACGGCUGCACCCACAACAACAACCACCACGGCUGCACCCACAACAACAACAACUGAAUCCACAACCACCACGACUGCACCCACAACAACAACAACUGAACCCACAACCACCACGGCUGCACCCACAACAACAACAACUGAACCCACAACCACCACGGCUGAGCCCACAACAACAACAACUGAAGCCACAACCACCACGGCUGCAUCCACAACAACUACAACUGAACCCACAACCACCACGGAUGCACCCACAACAACAACAACUGAACCCACAACCACCACGGAUGCACCCACAACAACAACAACUGAACCCACAACCACCACGGCUGCACCCACAACAACAACAACUGAACCCACAACCACCACUGCUGUACCCACAACAACAACAACUGAACCCACAACCACCACGGCUGCACCCACAACAACAACCACCACGGCUGCAACAACCACAACAACCACAACAACAACCACCACGGCUGCACCCACAACAACAACAACUGAAUCCACAACCACCACGACUGCACCCACAACAACAACAACUGAACCCACAACCACCACGGCUGCACCCACAACAACAACAACUGAACCCACAACCACCACGGCUGAGCCCACAACAACAACAACUGAAGCCACAACCACCACGGCUGCAUCCACAACAACAACAACUGAACCCACAACCACCACGGAUGCACCCACAACAACAACAACUGAACCCACAACCACCACGGCUGCACCCACAACAACAACAACUGAACCCACAACCACCACGGCUGUACCCACAACAACAACAACUGAACCCACAACCACCACGGCUGCACCCACAACAACAACCACCACGGCUGCAACAACCACAACAACUGAACCCACAAUCAUUAUGGCUGCACCCACAACCACAACGGCUGAGCCCACAACAACAACAACUGAACCCACAACCACCACGGCUGCAUCCACAACAACCACAACUGAACCCACAACCACCACAGUUGCACCAACAACAACAACAGCUGCGCCCACAACCACUAAGGCUGCACCAACAACCACAACCACCACGGUUGCACCUACAUCCAUGACAACUGAACCCACAACCACCACGGCUGAGCCCACAACAACAACAACUGAAGCCACAACCACCACGGCUGCAUCCACAACAACAACAACUGAACCCACAACCACCACGGAUGCACCCACAACAACAACAACUGAACCCACAACCACCACUGCUGUACCCACAACAACAACAACUGAACCCACAACCACCACGGCUGCACCCACAACAACAACCACCACGGCUGCAACAACCACAACAACUGAACCCACAAUCAUCAUGGCUGCACCCACAACCACAACGGCUGAGCCCACAACAACAACAACUGAACCCACAACCACCACGGCUGCACCCACAACAACAACAACUGAACCCACAACCACCACGGCUGCACCCACAACAACAACCACCACAGUUGCACCAACAACAACAACAGCUGCGCCCACAACCACUACGGCUGCACCAACAACCACAACCACCACGGCUGCACCUCCAUCCAUGACAACUGAACCCACAACCACCACGGCUGCACCCACAACAACAACCACCACGGCUGCACCCACAACAUCAAUCACCACGGCAGCACCAACAACAUCAACAACUGAAUCCACAACCACCACGGCUGCACCCACAACAACAACCCACCCACAACAACAACCACCACGUCUGCACCCACAACCACUACGCUGCACUUACAACUACCACAGCUGCACCAGCAAUUACAACAACCACAGCUGCACCCAUAACCACAACAACCACUACCGCACCCACAGCCACAACAACCACUUCUGCACCCACAGUCACAAAAACCGCGACGACCCCCACAGUCACAACAACCACUACUGCACCCACAGUCACAAAACCCACGGCUGCACCCACAGCCACAACUACCACUACUGCACCCACAGUCACAAAACCCAUGGUUGCACCCACAGCCACAACUACCACUACUGCACCCACAGUCACAAAACCCAUGGCUGCACCCACAGCCACAACUACCACUACUGCACCCACAGUCACAAAAACCACGGCGACCCCCACAGUCACAACAACCACUACUGCACCCACAGUCACAAAACCCACGGCUGCACCCACAGCUACAACUACCACUGCUGCACCCGCAGCCACCAAACCUACGGCUGCAUCCACAUCUACCACGACAGCACACACAGCUACCACCUCUUCCGCCCUCAUUAA